AUGGCUGCCACUGAGCGAGUACCCGAAAGGGUGACCAUGCCAUUCGACCAGGCAAAAGUCGACUCUCAAUUGGCAGCCCUCACUUUGGAAGAGAAAGUAUCACUGCUAGGGGGUAGCGGCUUUGCGACACUCACAGGGGUUCCAAGGCUGGGCAUUGAGUCCAUGAAGGUUGCCGAGGGCGUCAAUGGCGUCAAAGAUGCAAUGAUGAUUGACUCUGGAGACACAGUUGGUGAUGUAUUGGCAGGAAAGGGCCCAAAGACAGUCUGCUUUCCGAGUACUUCUUGUUUCGGCGCAACGUGGAAUACGGAUCUGAUGUGGGAGCUGGGAAAGGCCCUCGCCCAACAGGCGCGACAAAAGGGCGUAGCGACCAUCAUGGGUCCUGGCGUCAACCUGCACCGCGAUCCGCGAGGCGGCCGGAAUUUUGAGUACUUUGCCGAAGAUCCUCUGCUCACUGGACGGCUGGCUGCCUCGCUUGUCAAUGGCAUCCAGGCCCACGGCGUCGGGGCGUGCCUCAAGCACUUUGUUGCCAAUGAGGGCGAGGAUUUCCGAAGGUCUUAUAAUGUCGUCGACCCCACUGGCGGUCGCGCUCUCCGCGAGCUGUAUCUUGCUGCUUUUCAGGAAACUCUUCGAUAUUCGGACCCUGUGGCCGUCAUGACUUCGUAUAACAAGUUGGAUGGCGUGCAUUGCUCCGAAUCGCCCAUCAUCGCUAAAAUUCUUCGUGGGGAAUGGAAUUACGGCGGCGCUGUUCAGUCGGAUUGGUUCGGCACAGCAUCGACUGUUGAUUCCGUUCUGGCUGGCCAAGACCUAGAGAUGCCUGGUCCUCCAGUCUGGCGUGGUCGACGUCUUCUAAACGCCGUUGAAGAAGGCAAACUCGACGAGACCGAGAUUGACAAGAGAGCACGCAAGAUGCUAGAGUGGAUCGAAAAGACUACCGGCAAUGACUUUUAUAAACAGCCGCAGCCAGAGGAUGACACCAAAGCCAUUCUUACUUCGCGCCGGGUAGCAGAAGAAGGUAUAGUGCUGCUCAAAAAUGACGACAGAGCGUUGCCUCUGGACUUUACAAGACCUUUGAAGAUUACAGUUUCUGGCUUGCCUGCUGUUGAUCCUCCAGUGGGAGGUGGUGGCAGCUCGCUCGCGCCUCCUAGCUCCGUCAAAACACCACUCGAUGGUAUCCGAGAUGUGCACGCCUAUCCAGACUUGGUCGACUUUACUGGCGGAUGCAAGAUGAACAAAAUCAUACCUCUGCUCCCGUCAGAAAUCGUACGAAACCCGCAAGAUGGCUCCUCCACAGUGCAUGUGGUUUAUUACAAUAACAAAUUUCCGACAGCCGUGCAUCAUGAAGAUUUACAUACAGCUCAGGUCAUGAUGCUUGGACACGUGAAACCCGGUCUUGACGAAGCCGGAUUCAACUACGUUAUGAGCACUACGUUGGUAGCUCCUGCGGAUGGAACGCAUACUAUUGGUGUCCGCUCCACAGGAUCAUAUCGACUGCUGGUUGAUGAUAUCGAGGUUUUGUCGGCAUCUGGAAUUGUGGCAAACGCCGAAGACCUCUUGUUUACGCCGGCGAAGCUCGAAAAGUCAGUGUUGUAUGCCAUGAAGGCAGGGCAAUCGUAUACUAUCAAGCUGCUUGUCCAUGACCAGAAAUCACCAAAGCAAAAGCCCAAUGAACCUGGUGCAUACGCCUCUGCCUUGUGCUUUCAGCAAGAGCAUCCGAUCGAGAAGGUUAUUGAAACUGCCGUGGCAAGUGCAAAGCGCUCAGACGUGGCCAUUGUCUUUGCCGGUAGAAAUGCCGAGCAUGAGACUGAGGGUGGUGACAUGGUCGAUAUACAAAUUCCUGGAGACCAGCUACGUCUCAUUCAAGAGGUCUCGGCUGUCAGCAAAAAGUCCAUCGUCGUUCUCUAUGGUGGCGGCGCAAUGGACGUCAGCUCCUUUGUCGACGCAGUGGAUGCAAUAAUCUUUGCACACUAUCCUGGCCAAGAAGGCGGUACAGCCAUCGCCAAUGUUCUUUGUGGUAAAACAAAUCCCAGUGGCAAGCUCACUACAACAUGGCCCCGGCGGCUUGAGGACACACCAACCUGGAAGCAUUUCCCGGCUAUCCCAAAGCCCGAUGAUGGCGUCAACAUGGAGUUGGCAGAGGGUCUCGAAGUUGGUUAUCGUCGGAAUUGGGAAAAUAUCCCGGGCGGUCCACGAUACAUGUUUGGUCACGGGCUCUCGUACACUUCAUUCUCCUACACCAAUCUUUGCCUAGAGCCGUCGGCAAUCAACCUCGCGGAUGAGGGCACCACUGACAUCUCGGUAAAGCUCACCUUGACCAACAACGGACCUGUUGAAGGUGCCGAGGUUGUGCAGCUCUAUGUUGCCCCGGCGAGUGACGGCAACAAGUCGGAUCCCUCAGUUUCAAUGCACCACGCAAAAACGUUGAAGGGUUUCCAGAAGCUGCGCCUCGGAUCGGGAGAGUCCACAGAGGUUCGAAUCACUGUCUCACUGGAAAGCGCAAUCUCAUUCUGGCAUACUGAAACUUCCGAGUGGCGGACAGCGCCGGGUAUAUACAACUUCAGUAUUGGAAGCGGGCCUGACGCUCCAUACAAAAGUCUCACAGUCACAGAUAAGCAGUAA